AUGGAGGUGUGGUCCGGCCAGAAGCCGCAUGUGGGCAUGGCUCGGAUUUGGGGUUGCAUGGGGAGUGUCAUGCUGCAUGGGCAUGAGAAGGGCGGCAAGCUUGAUGCACAAGCUGUCAUGUGUGUCCGUGUUGGGGUGGACAUGGAGAGCAAGGGUUGGCGCAUGCUGGACCCUUCUCUCAUGCGCAUUCGCAUUGCUCGGGAUGUUGAUUUUCUUGAGAAUGUGAUGUGGAAGGAUUGGGACAAGGCAAAGGGAUUUGGGGAGCUUCUGCAGGAUGCAGCUGCAAUUUCCCAACUCCUCCCUCUUCCACUCUCGCCACCCUCAGCAACGGCUGACGACGUUGAGAUGCCACCUUCAUCACUGCCACCGGCACCGCUGAGUGUGUCGGUGCAGCAGCUGCCCACCCCUCUGCAGCAGCUCAGUGGCCCCUCGGUCAUUAAGCGAAGAUCCGCUACACAUGCUACUUCCUCUUCCUCCUUCUCUAGUCAGCGCUCUGUCCCUCUCUCUACGGGUGGUGAGGAGGUAGGGGGGGGUGCUGGUGUGGUUGAGGGCAUGUUGUGUUUGGCCAGGGAGGUGGAAGGUGUUGCACUGGCAGGUGUGAGCACCGGUGAUGUCCCACGCACACUCGCUGAGGCCCUGCGUGGCCCUUAG